AUGGACGAACGAAGAAGAGCUCUCGUCCCUGUGACUGUUGAGAAUUCUACAGUAGACGAUUUAUUUGCUGGAGUAAGGAGUCCUGUGUUAAUUCGAAUCAAUUCUUCUUGUGAUAUCACGGUAAGUUGUUAUAUGUGUCAUUAAACUUUUUCUCGAUGAUUUGAAUUGGUUGUGUACUCGCUCGAACUGCAGCAAGAAAUGUCACACAUGACAUGUUGAUGGCGGCGAAGGAAAUGUGUGAUAUUCUUAAAUAAAACCACAAUUGCCCUCUUAUUUAAUUCAUUUUUUGUUUCUUUUAGUGUCUUGACUCAGACAAUCUUGAAGGAGAUGGCCUGGACAGAGUUCUGAUUUGGUCUUUCGAGUUAAUACCUGCUCCAGCCGCACAGUACGUGAGACCCAGCAUUGUCAACGAUUCCUCGCUCAACGAAUAUUUCCCACCAGUUGAACUUGACGAAUGCCGUUGUAACUGUUCGAGUUUGACGGUAUUCUGUUUGGUGGCAAUGGUUGCUGAAACCUCUGAAUGUUUGGCAUCUGCUGCAACCGAAGAUGACAGUCCAGUAAUGAGCGAAAAUGAGUGUUCCCCUCAAGAUGAUGACAGUGAGAAUUCUGACGAAAACACCGACUCUGAUCCAGAGGAAGUGGAGUAUUUCUCAGAAACGUUUUCAGUGAAAGGGUCAUUCUGGGCGACCAGA